CGCUGCGCCUGCCUUGCAGAUUAGGCGCUGGGAGGGGUCGUGACGCAAAGCAAAUCACAGUAAGGCACAGCAACCACUCUCUGCUUUUUGGUCCAAUCUCACAACCAGCCAAAUAAAAAAAAAAAAAAAUUAUUAAAAAAAAAAAAAAAAAAAAGAGGAGGGGGGAGUUCAUUUUAGGUCAGAUACUCAGAUCAUAGGGAAGCUCUGAUUUCAUAUUGGGCAAAAUGCCCCAAAGACUAAAAUGCCCUGACCUCGGCAUGGGGCCAGCUGCUGGCUGCAGAAGGAACUGGUCCAUUUCUGUGUCCGAGAGCACCCCUGGCACGAGAAGCCACCAGCUCUUGGGAGCAGAAAGAGGCUGCGCACACUGAUCCUUGAAGGGUAAAUUUAGAGGGGAGGAAAGCUAAUGAACCCCCUCAACAUUUCUCAGUGUGGAGUUCCCAACUGGAAGUCAAAAAGAAAAAUUAGCUUCAACCCUCGGCCUCAUUAGCGCCUUUUCAUUUACCGGCAGCUAGCUGCUCCUGAAGGGCACCCCUUGCCUCUCCUGUUUCAGUUCUGAGCUAUCAUCAGCUUUAAUUUAUAGUGAGAUUAAAUUAAGAAAUGCUUUCUUAUGCACUCUGGCAGUGUAUAAUUAGGAGACCCCAGGGGCAGCCAGUUCAGCCGCUGGCCAUGCUGAAGGCUGGGAUUCAGCUGCGCUCUCGCAUCUUGCCAACGAGCUUACAGAAAGCACCACUCAGGCAGGGCUGUGGGGGCUGCCCAAAAAAAACAUCAUCACAGCCUAACUGGUUGGCCCAAACACUCCCCUCCGAGGCCUGUGAAGGGGGAGCAUUUUGGUGCACAGUGCUCAUGGCUACAGCCGUGCCAUGCGCUUGGCAUGAAGUGUCCCCUCCUUAUCCCACCAAGAUCCCCAAACACUUCUGUAUGGGAAGGUCUUGCAUCCUGGCUGCUAAAACCCUGCUGACUGUGUCAGAGGCGCAAGAUGACCCUCGCACUGUGUUUCCACCCCAUAUCCUACAUCUCCCCUUAUAGCAAGGGGGUUCCUGGUCAUGGGGACAGCACCAGGCAGCCAGGCACCCUCAUCUGAGCCUCCUCCUCUGGCCUCAUCCCAAGGGGCAGAAGGAAGAUGUCUGCCCAGAGCUGUGACCUGGCCAGGAAAACUGCCUGAGCAUCACAGAAGGCUUUGUAGCUGAGAAAAGCAUUCAGUCAUGAUAUUAAACUUUUUUUCCUAGGGACUUAUCAAUGGCAUUGAAAACUUCAAACAAAAUCAUAGAAUCAUAGAAUAGUUUGGGUUGAAAGGAACCUUUAAGAUCAUCUAGUUCCAACCCCCUGCUAUAAGCAGGGACGCCUCUAUCUAGACCAGGCUGCUCAAAGCCUCAUCCAGCCUGGCCUUGAGUGCUUCCAAGGAGGGGGUAUCCACAACCUCACUGUACAACCCGUUCCAGUGUCUCAGUAACAUCACAGUAAAGAAUUUCUUCCUAAUUUCUAGUCUAAAUAUGUACUCUUCCAGUUUAAAAGCAUUUCCCCUCAGCCUGCCACUACCUCCCCUCAUAAAAAGUCCCACCCCAGCUUUCCUGUAGGCCCCCUUCAGGUACUGGAAGGCUGCUACGAGGUCUCCUCAAAGCCUUCUCUCCUCCAGGCUGAAGAGCCCCAGCUCUCUCAGUCUGUCCUCACAGGGGAGGUGCUCCAGCCCUCUGAUCAUCUUCAUGGCCCUCCUCUGGACCUGCUCCAACAGCUCUAUGUCCUUGUUUUGCAGGCUCCAAAACUGGACACAAUACUCCAGGUGGGGUCUCAUGAGAGCAGAAUAGAGAGGCAGAAUCACAUCCCCCGACCUGCUGGCCAACUAUCUUACAUGAUCUUUAUUUCAGCAUUAGUGCAAGGCCAGGUUGGAUGGGACCCUGGGCAACCUGAUCUAGUGCCUGAUUUAGUUGUUGGCAACCCUGCUCACGGCAGGAGGGUGGAACUAGAUGAUCUUUCUGGUUCUUUUUACCCAAGCCAUUCUAUCAUUUUGUUAUUCUAUGACUCUAUGAUUAAUGAAAAAAAAUACAGCUGUCUAUCAUGCAUCAACACCAAGUAAAUCACAGAAUCAUAGAAUAUCCUGCGUUGGAAGGGACCCAUAAGCAUUAUCGAAUCCAACGCCAGGCUCUACACAGGACCACCCAAAAAUCAGACCAAAUGUCUGAGGCAAUCGUCUAGACACUUCUUGAGCUCUGGCAAGCUCAGUGCUAUGACCAUGUCACCACCUCAGAGAGAAAGCUGCCCCCCAGCUACCUGCUCAGCUACUUGGGCAACUACACCGACGAUGCCCAGAGCUGGAGGAUGGUCGACAUCACCCGCCUGACCACCAAGUACCAGCAUGACCGGGCUGACCAGCACAUCUGCACCUCCCUACUGAAGACCAAAACGUGCAGCCUAGAGCGGGCCCUGCGCCGCACCCACCGCUUCCAGAAGUGGCUGAGGGCUAAGCGCCUCACGCCCGACCUGGUGCAGGGUCUGUCCAGCCCCAUGUUGCGCUGCCCAUCCCAGCGUCUCCUGGACCGGAUUGUGCGGCGCUACGCUGAAGUGCCAGAUGCUGGCAGCAUCUACAUGGACCACCUCACCGACCAGGACAAGCUGCGCCUCUUGUACACACUGUCAGUGAAUUCACACCCUAUCCUCUUACAGAUCUUCCCCGACGUGGAGGGGUGGCCCUUCCCACGGUACCUGGGCUCCUGUGGGCGGCUGGUGGUCAGCGCCAGCACCCGGCCCCUACGCGACUUCUUCAGGGCAGCCCCCGAGGUGGCAGCUGACCUGGCCCUCCAACUCCUCGCCGUCCUCCACUCCAUGGGCACCAACGACCUCAACUAUUUCUUCUACUUCACCCGUGUGGAUGUUGGCACCUUUGGCGUGUUCAGCAACGGGCAUCUGUUCAUCCGGGAUGCCAGCACGCUGGGCAUCAUCGACAAGGAGGAAGGGAGCCAACCGAUCGAUGGCCAACAGGAGUAUAAGGAUAUCUUUAGCUGCUUGACUGUGGACUGCCAGUCUGCAUUUGUGUCCUGUAACUCCAUCAGAGAGAAGCAGAGCCUUGUCAUGGUGUGUCAAGAGCUUUUACCUAAACUCCUGAGAGGGAAAUUCCUGCCACCUGUACAGGAGAAAAUAGACAGCUUCCUACAGCACUGCGCAGAGGGCCUCGCUGAUGACCAGGACGUCAAUGAGGCAAUGGCAAAGCUGGCACAGCUCCUGAAGCCUCUGCGGUCUUGCGAUUCACGUUUUGCCUACCGCUACCCAGACUGCAAAUACAGCGACAAAUACUGAUGGCUUUGGAGGAAGGCUGCCCAAGAAGGAUGAGGCAGGGUCAUCCCCAACCAGUGUAAGAAGAAGGUGGAACCAGGGAAGCUGAAUGGAGCGGCACCAAUUCCAGGGCUUCCUCACAGAGAUGGAGGAGUUGGGAACAGAGUGCAUGCAGGAUUUAUCGUUCAUCUCCCAGAGAUGCAUUUCUUACUUGGGAUGUUAGAUGUGAUGUAAGGCUUAUGGAUUAGAAACAUUAUCAUGAGUGACAGAGACUACAGGAUUAAUAAAUCUUCUUCAUGUGUUUUGGCCUUGGAAGAGUUUUCCAUGCCAUCCAUUAAAGAGAAGUCCUCUGAAGGCAAUGUGCUCACAGCUAGCUAGAUAGCAGAGUUUUAUUGCUAAGAACAAUUUCCUGAUCAAGAUGAUAUACACAUAAUGUGAGAUGGAUGGAAGCGUUUAAGACUUUCUUUGUGGAGAUUUUUAAUGCUCUAAAAAUCAUAGAUAAACUGAGCCACCUGAUGAGUUGCUUACCUUCAUCCAUCACAGAUCACUUUUAAAGAAUAUUUAAAUGUUAUUAGUUUUAUGGCACACAGAACAGAAAAACGCGAUCAGCAGUAUUAAAAAGCUGAAAGACCCAA